AGGCAGGCGUCUAAGAUUUUAAUAUGAAAGGACAAACGGAAACGUCUCAUUCUAUUGUCUGAUCUGGAAAACGUGACGUCGGAAAGACCGGUUUGACAGCCGUAGUGCAUGCCGGGUCUUGUAGUGUCGUCUAUUCCAGUCUGGUUUUAAUGGUAACCGCUGGCUCGCGCGCAGCUCGCCCUCGUCUGUUCAGUUUUGCAGCAGCGCUUCCGUGCUCUGUGGCCGGCGUGACGUCACCCACGUAGAGCAACAACAUGGCCCCUGUUAGCCGGGCUGUGGUUGUUGCGGCGCUCUCGCUGCUCUGCCUGAGCCGAGUCGCCCUCUCCACCGAGUUCUUCUCCACGCUGACGCUGUUCAACAGCGACCUCCACAAGCAGGGAUGCAGCUCGCUGUCCGAGUGGGAAGAGUACGCGGCCGACUGCGAGUCUUCAAUUCUACAGUUAGAAGAUCCAGACUGCGAGGAGGGAAGUAACCCGCCCUGUGAGUCGGUCUUCUCGCUGAACGCAGAGAAAAUCCUGAAUCAGGCCAAGUUGUUUAUAGAACAGAAAAAAAUCCCCUUCCCCGUAGUCAACCACAACACAAACGAAGAACUCGCUAUAGGCUACGUUCUGAUAGGCAACGGCCUUUAUGAUGAGGCCAUCAAACACUUCUCGCUCUUACUGCAAGGAGACCCAGAGCUGGUCAGUGCCAUUUAUGGGAGAGGGAUAGCCUACGGGAAGAAAAGUCUUCAGGAUAUAAAGAACGCUGACUUGGCUUUGUACGAGCUGAACAGGGUCAUCACGCUGGAGCCAAACUGGCCCGAGGUUUACGAACAGAGAGCAGAGAUCCUGUCUCCUCUGGGUCGUAUCAGCGAGGCUCUGGGCGAUCUGACCAAAGCCAUCCAGCUGCAGCCGUCGGCUCGACUCUACAGACACAGAGGAACGCUGCUUUUCAUCUCCGAGGACUACGUGGCAGCUAUGGAAGACUUUCAGCAGUCUUUGGAGCUGAAGAAGAGUCAACCCAUCGCCAUGCUGUACAAGGGCCUCACCUUCUUCCACCGAGGAAUGCUCAAGGAAGCCAUCGAGACAUUCAAAGAAGCGUUAAAGUUGAAGGCUGACUUCAUAGAUGCGUAUAAGAGCCUCGGACAAGCUUACAGAGAGUUGGGGGAUUUUGAGUCAGCAAUGGACAGCUUCCAGAAAGCCCUCCUGUUGAACCAGAACCACAUCCAGUCUCUCCAGCUGCGAGGCAUGAUGCUCUACCACCACGGCUCGCUGCAGGCGGCCAUCGGCAGCUUCAAGAGGUGUCUUCAGCUGGAGCCCUAUAACGAGGUGUGUCAGUACAUGAAGGGGUUGAGUCACGUGGCCAUGGGGCAGUUCUACGAGGGCAUCAAAGCUCAGACUAAAGUCAUGCUCAACGAUCCGCUGCUGGGUCAGAAGGCCAGCUCUGAAUACCUCAAAGUGAAAUACCUCCGAGAAUACUCGCGCUACCUGCACUCCCACCUGGACAUCGCUGUGGCCGAGUACAACGUGGACCAGGAUUUACCGGGCAACUUCAAGAACCACUGGGCCAAGAACCUGCCUUUCCUCAUUGAAGACUACGAGGAGCAGCCCGGCCUGCAGCCACAUAUCAAGGACGUGCUGCCUCAGAUCUUUGACAGCUACAGCAGCGAGGUGCAGAAACUGAUAUGCACAGCCGACCACCUGGGGGCGCUGAUGCAGUACGACACUCCCGGGUUCCUGCCCAACAAGAGAAUACACAGAGCAAUGGGUUUAGCAACUCUGGAGGUCAUGCAGGCCAUGCAUCGCACGUGGAGCAACUCCAAAGUGCGAGUGAACGGCAAGACGCGGCAAAUGCAGUGGAGGGACAUGUUUGACAUAGCUGUUAAAUGGAGGAGGAUCGCAGAUCCAGAUCAGCCGGUCCUCUGGUUAGACCAGAUGCCUGCCAGGAGUCUCAGUCGUGGCUUCAACAAUCAUAUCAAUCUCAUCAGGGGACAGAUUAUAAACAUCAGAUACCUGGCAUACUUUGACAACAUCCUCGACUUUAUCAAAGACAGAAUACUGGUGUACCAUGGAGCCUACAACCCCAGAGGUUUACUCGAGGUCCGCCAGGCUCUCGAGAACGUCAACAAAGUAGAAGACCUUUUGCCGAUAAUGAAGCAGUUCAACAGUAAAACCAGAGAUGGCUUCACGGUCAACUCCAAGGUGCCGAGCAUGAAGGAUCAUGGGAAAGAGUACGACGGCUUCACCAUCACCAUCACUGGAGACAGGGUGGGCAACAUGUUGUUCUCCGUGGAGACUCAGACGACAGAAGAGCGCACGCAGCAGUACCAGUCAGAGAUAGAGUCCAUUUAUAAAGACAUCACUGCCAAAGGAAAAGCUUUAAUGCUGUCCACUGAACUCGGGGAUGCAGACGCCUUGUGCAACCUCGUCCUCUCCUUGAUUUAUUAUUUCUGCAACCUCAUGCCUCUCUCCAGAGGAUCCAGUGUGGUGGCUUACUCGGUUGUGAUGGGCGCACUGAUGGCCAGUGGCAAAGAGGUCGUCGGCCGGAUUCCUAAAGGAAAGCUGGUGGAUUUUGAAGCCAUGACCACGCCCAGUCCUGACAGCUUCAGUAAAACAGCAAAGGGCUGGAUGAAUCUUAAAAGUUUACCGAGCUGGUACCAGAGUCUUCCGUCUGUAGCAGAGACUUUCCCGUCGACCAGGACGAUGAUCGAGGUUCUCAAUACAGACUCAUUCUCACACUGUCCAAAGAAAUCUUAACAAAACUUCCACACGUGAGACACAUGUCGGUUCAGGGAAGUCUUAAAAGAUAAUAACAACAACAAUAAUAAUAAUUUUCUCCACUGGACAGAACUACAGGACUGUCUUCUUCUUCUUCUGUAACCCCCAAACAAAGCUGGUCUCAUCUCUUCAUUAAUGUCCUUUGUUUUUAUGUUAACUUAAAGAAAAUCCUCAAAUAAAACUUAAAGACAGAAGAGGCCUUUGCUCUUAAUAAUAAGCAUUAUUUGGUUUUCAAAAAAACACUUCCUGUUUUCUUCUCUGUCAUCUCUCAGUCAACUUAAAUUGUUUUAAGUAUAUUUUUUUCCCUGUAAAGUCCAAAAAAAAGCUGCAGUUGGCGAGACAUUUCUUUCUAAAGUUGAUAUUUAAUGCAGUCUAUGAAUGCACUGAAGACUAGGACAUAAAUAUAUAGUAUAUACAUAUAGUAUAUACAUGUCCAUAUAGUAUAUACAUGACUAAAAAAAGCAUUUAAAAGGCGGAAAUCAGAUUAUUUUUAAGUGAAAACUAAUCUCUGCUCUCUGCUGCAGCAGUUUGGAUGCUGUGUGGACACUCACUUUUAGAAGAUGGCAAACUAUCGUGACCCAAAUCACCACAAAAAUGUGAGAAGAGUCACCUUUUGCCAAAUAUAGUGACUAAUUUACACCCAUAUCUGUCAAAAGCUAAUAUCAUUUUGGUUUUUUUACAUGUAAUUUAAAGUAUAUAUAUAUAUGUAUAUGUAUAUAUAUACAAAACUACGCAAACAGAGCUGAAAAUUUAAUCUGUGAGGUAUUUUUUGGGGCAGCUUUGACGUGAAAUCUUUGUUUUUCCACAGUUGGGCUCUUUUUGAAAGAUGACAGAGAAGAUUAAAGCAGGAUUUUUUUUGGGCUGCAGACCUGGUUCUGUCCUCCCUUUCUCUGUCUCUCUCUGCUUCAUCGUCCUCAAACACAAAGCACAAAGAUUAAUCUCACGAGCCGUCGUCAUGAACAAUCACAGACGAGACACAAUCCCUUUUAGUUUGAAUGUCGCGCCUUCAUUUCUUAACAUGAGUUUUUUUUUUUUGUUUUUUUUUUUAAAUUAACCAGUGUUGUGCUCACACACACAGCCCAGAUUAUCAUCAGAGAGAGCGUUCAGGGAUUAUUAAAAUAUAUGAAACUAAACCUUCAGGGCUUUUUUUUUUCUUUCUUUUUUUUUUUAUUGCUCACGGGAAACUUGAAGCUGUCUCUUGUUUUGUUAUUUUGUUUCCUCAGCGCUCACAUGAAGUAAUGACUUCUCUUUUAAAGGUCGCUGAACCCUGUUUAUUUUAACGUGACCAAUGAUUGGCUCGGUGUAAACUAAGUUAAACUUUAAAUCGGCUGUCAGAGAUUUUAGAGAACAAUCGGGAGAUUUAUUUGUUGCUUCUUUACUUGAAAGAUCAGAAAACAAGUAAUAAAUCCACAAAAACAUAUGAAACAUGUCAGGUUUAAUUUUUCCUCGCUUUUGAGGCAAAAAUGUCAUUGUAGGACAAUUUCUUGCUUAUGUUUGACAUAUUUUCUGUUAAAUAUACGCAUUUAAACGACAGAAAGCGAAGAAAAUGACAGAUUAUCCUGGCAAUUUAAAUUAAAACGGAGCUAUAUUUACGUAGAGUUUAUGAAAAGAAAGAGGUAAAGGAGCAGUAACAAAUAAAAAAAAAACUAAUCAUUUUAUGCUCAUUUACACACAAACCUUUCACUUUUAUUAAAAUUGUUUGUUUUUAAAUUUACUGCCAUUCCCACAUUUUACAUUUUAAAAUUUGAACAUUUUAUUUCAAGAAAGAAGCCACAGAAUUAAAUCUCCUGAUUCUUCUCUGUUUGUUUGUACGAAGCAAUAUUUUUGGGAGAAAAUAAUUUUUUUUUAUCUGAGGCCGAGUCAGUGUCGUAAAAAUAUGAAUAUGGAGCAGAAAUCGUAUGAAGAAGCAUUGAAAAUUCUCACGGAGACUUUUCAUUUAGCAAUAUAACACAAUUUGAAUGUAUACAAAAUAUUCCUGAUACUGUUGAUUAAAUCUGGCCUGGUGGAAUUAUCUAUUUUUAACGUUUACAUGCUCGUCAAAGUGUCCGAUAUUGAAGCUACGCUGGUGCAAA